AAAAGCGAAAACCCUUUGGCUUUGACAGCCGCCACCACAGGUCUUUCCGCCUCCCCUGCUUGCUUGGGAGCUGGGAGCUGGGAGCUGAGAGCUGGGAGCUGGGAGCUGGGAGCUGGAUUAUGGUGGCCUGAGCAGCCAACGCAGCCGCAGGAGCCCAGAGCCGCUGCCCGUUCCCGCGCCCCCAGCCUCGCCAGGAGAACCGAGACUGCAGCCGGCGCCACCCUGCCAUGCCCGCCCCUCCCAGCCCCCAGAAGGGCCCGAGCCCGCUGCUGAGGCUGCCCGCCGCCGUCCAGAUGUAGCUGGGUCCCGGAUCGCAGCCUCUGCCCUCCUCUCGUGCUCUGCGGAUUUCUGCUGCCCGCUCUCCACCGUCUGGACCCCGGGGCUGGCUGAGGGGCCUGCAGGCUCUGGACUCCUGAUGCCGCCAAGCCCCCUCGCCUGAGAGAAGCCACCGCCACCCAGACGUGGGGACAGGCCACGGGGACGGACGUGGGCCCGAGCUAGCCCAGAAGGCCCGGGCCCACCAUGGCCCCGGCCCUGCCCUGGCUCCUGCUGUGGGUGGGCUCGGGAGUGCUGCCUGCCCACGGCACCCAGCACGGCAUCCGACUGCCCCUGCGCAGCGGCCUGGCAGGGGCCCCCCUGGGGCUGCGGCUGCCCCGGGAGACCGACGAGGAGCCCGGCAGGAGGGGCAGCUUUGUGGAGAUGGUGGACAACCUGAGGGGAAAGUCGGGCCAGGGCUACUAUGUGGAGAUGACCGUGGGCAGCCCCCCUCAGACGCUCAAUAUCCUGGUGGACACAGGCAGCAGUAACUUUGCAGUGGGGGCUGCCCCCCACCCUUUCCUUCAUCGCUACUAUCAAAGGCAGCGGUCAAGCACAUACCGGGACCUCCGGAAGGGCGUGUAUGUGCCCUACACCCAGGGCAAGUGGGAGGGGGAGCUGGGCACUGACCUAGUGAGCAUUCCUCAUGGUCCCAACGUCACUGUGCGUGCAAACAUCGCUGCCAUCACUGAAUCAGACAAGUUCUUCAUCAAUGGCUCCAACUGGGAAGGCAUCCUGGGGCUGGCCUACGCUGAGAUCGCCAGGCCUGAUGACUCGCUGGAGCCCUUCUUUGACUCUUUGGUGAAGCAGACACACGUUCCAAAUCUCUUCUCCCUGCAGCUCUGUGGUGCAGGCUUCCCCCUCAACCAGUCUGAGGCUGUGGCUUCUGUCGGAGGGAGCAUGAUCAUUGGGGGUAUCGACCACUCGCUAUAUACAGGCAGUCUCUGGUACACACCCAUCCGGCGGGAGUGGUAUUAUGAGGUGAUCAUUGUGCGGGUGGAGAUCAAUGGACAAGAUCUGAAGAUGGACUGCAAGGAGUACAACUAUGACAAGAGCAUCGUGGACAGUGGCACCACCAACCUUCGUCUUCCCAAGAAAGUGUUUGAGGCUGCAGUCAAAUCCAUCAAGGCAGCCUCCUCGACAGAGAAGUUUCCAGAUGGCUUUUGGCUAGGGGAGCAGCUGGUGUGCUGGCAGGCAGGCACCACCCCUUGGAACAUUUUUCCUGUCAUCUCGCUCUACCUCAUGGGUGAGGUCACCAACCAGUCCUUCCGUAUCACCAUCCUUCCACAGCAAUACCUGCGGCCUGUGGAAGACGUGGCCACGUCCCAAGAUGACUGUUACAAGUUCGCCAUCUCACAGUCAUCCACUGGCACGGUUAUGGGAGCUGUUAUCAUGGAGGGCUUCUACGUCGUCUUUGAUCGGGCCCGAAAACGAAUUGGCUUUGCUGUCAGCGCUUGCCAUGUGCAUGAUGAGUUCAGGACAGCAGCAGUGGAAGGCCCUUUUGUCACCCCGGACAUGGAAGACUGUGGCUACAACAUUCCACAGACAGAUGAAUCGACCCUCAUGACCAUAGCCUACGUCAUGGCUGCCAUCUGCGCCCUCUUCAUGCUGCCACUCUGCCUCAUGGUGUGCCAGUGGCGCUGCCUGCGCUGCCUCCGCCAUCAACAUGAUGACUUUGCUGAUGACAUCUCCCUGCUGAAGUGAAGAGGCCCGUGGGUAGAAGACCAAGAUUCCCCUAGACCACAUCUGGGUGGUUCCCUUUGGUCCCAAGUCGGAGACACAGAUGGUACCUGUGGCCAGAGCACCUCAGGACCCUCACACACCCACCAAUGCCUCUGCCUUGACAGAAAAGAAGGAAAAGCUGACAAGGUGGGUCACAGGGCUUGCACCUGUAGGAAACAGGAGAGGGAAGAAAGAAGCACUCUGGUGGCAAGAAUAUUCCUGGGUCACCUCGAACGUGAGCUGGGAGAUUCUGCUGCUUGAACCUUCAACCCUGAACCUUUGCCCACCAUGCAUUUAGAUUCUCUAACCCAAAGUAUUCUUUCCUUACUUUCAGAAGUCCUCACAUCACACCCAGGCUACCCCAGCGUGUAGCUCUGCGGUACCCUGGCAAAGAGCCAACCUCAUAUCCCUGCUGGCAAAGUCAGCAGAAGAUACAUAAUUUGCUAUUUGUUUUAGAGGUAGGGACUAGGUAAGCAGGCCUAACACUGGUGCCAGACUGCCUCUCGAAUGAAACAAAAAGCUAUUAGAAUAUUUAUGUACGGGGGGCAGUUAGAGGAGAGUACGAAGACAGGGAAUUGGUAUUAAAGUUAGGAAAAACAGACACAGCCACUCACCAGUCCCAGUUUGAGACCUCACCUCCAAGGCAGAACCCCAUCUUAUGAGAUGGGUGUCAUUUCCCAGUGUUUAUGUGGUUGCAGGCUGACCAAAAGUGAGAUGGGAAAAAGGGCUUAUCUAGCCAAAGAGCUCAUUUUAAAGCUCUUUUAAAUGAAAGAUGCCCAUGAAGAAGUUCCACUUAAAUGAAUUUCUAUCUUAUUAAUUCCAUUUGUCUCUGCUUGAACCCUUUCUUCUAUAUAUGAUAGGUGCCACCAGAACAUCCCAACCCCCAAAGCCCUAGGUGCCCUAUGGCAGAGCAAUUGGAAUAUAGCAGGGCUGGGCGCUGUCUCCUUGGUCACAUGUUCACUCCUUCCCCCAAAGCCCUCUUGCUCUGGAGCUUUGCAGCCAAGGUGCUAAAAGGAAUAGAGAUGAAACCUCUCCGACCUAACCCCUGAAAGCAGGUAUAGGGUUGACGCCUUAUACCUCUGCCUAGAUUUCUUCCUGUUCUGCUCUAAGAAGUGGUAAGACCUUCAUAUAACACUGAGUGGUUUCAUUGCUUUCUUACCCUCUCUAACGGCUCCUCCAUUUAUUUGACUAAGGCAUCACACAUUGGCUAGUAUUACAUCGAGAAUGUCAGAAACAUGGGGCUUUCUGGCUCUGAGUCAUUGCCUUCCGUAUAAAGGCCACCUGGAGAAAGGAUGGCAGCCUCAGGGCUUCCUUAUUUCCUUCACGUUUUCCUUGUUGGAGGCUCUUCUCUUCUCCCACCCUGUUCUCUGUGCUAUUCCCAAUGUACAUGGGUACCCAGGCUGGUUCUUGGGCUAAGCAGUAGGGGCCAAGUUCACUUCCUCUGGUCAGUUCUACACAGUAGACUGUGAUACCAGUGUUAGUGGGACCGGCUGAGUGUUCGCAGUUUACCUGCUGCAUCCUAACCCUAUCUGGUCUACACACUACUUCCAGGUAGGGGACCUGGCAAGUGUGGGACUGCCUGAUGAAGGAGAAGGAAACACAAGGAGGGCCUCUGGAGUUGCUGGCCUUAGCCAGCUGCCCACAAGCCAUAAACCAAUAAAACAAGAAUAUUAAGUUAGA